CGAAAUGAAUAUGCGAAAUUUUUCGAUUUAUUAGAAAACCUGGACUAUAUUUCGGGAUCUUCUCAUCACUUUUAACAGUGGCGUUUCAUCUUUGUUUGUUACUGAUCCUCUCAUAAAUAAUCACAAUUUAAUUUAGAUUUACGCCGUUGAAUAGAGGUAUUAGAAAAAGCGAUAAAAUUGCAUUUUCCACGGAUUAACUUCGAAACAUUGUUUGCUAUUCCCAGGGUUUUAAAUCCACCGUCCGACUCGCGUUCGUUUCAAAUAAUACUCUCGUAAAUUUAUCAAAGCACCUUCACGGAUUCCUAAAAAGAAAAUUUCCCAAAUUUUCGAGUUUCGCACGACCGCUUUUUUAAUUCAUUCAACGCCGCUUCGAUUCAGAUACUAUACAAUGAAGGUGACACAGGAUGAUACCUACAGUGAACAUCGUCCAUUAUCAAUUACCAAAAGUGAUACUUUAUUUUUGUACAGUUCCGUUGUAACUGCCGAAUUACUAUUGGUAGCGACCGGCUCGUCGAUGGUAUGGCCUUCACCGGUGCUGGGCAAACUGGCCUCCAACGACACGGCAACCAACCCGAUCGGCCGCCAAAUCACCACCGUCGAAAUCUCCAUGCUAACGGGCAUCCCCCAAUUCACCAACAUCCUCGGCCUCCUCUUCUGUCCCAAACUAUCCGACGUCAUCGGCCGGAAGCGCUACUUGCUCCUCGCCGGAAUCGGCAUGCUCAUAUCCGGCGUAGCUCUGGCAUUCAGCGAUAGAAUCCUCUACAUGAUCCUCUGCAGGUGCAUUUUCGGGUUCUUCGGCGUGAUGAGCGUGGUGCCCGUGUACGUAGCGGAGAUCUGCGAGGACCGCAAUCGCGGGAAAUUCGGCUGUUACACGGGCAUGUUGCACCAAAUCGGCCAUCUGUUCGGCUUCGUCGUGGGGCCCUUCCUCAGCGUGAGGUACUUCACGCUGGUCGUGACUGCUCCAUUGCUGGUGUUCAUCACGGCGUUUCCGCUGAUGCCCGAGACGCCGGUCUAUCUGCUGAAGCACGGCAGGAUAACGGAGUGCAAAGCGAGCUUAAAGAAGCUGCGGAGGAACAAAAACGAUGAUGAGUUGGAGUUGGAUUUGAGGCGGUUGGAGGAGCGCUUGAGAAACGAGCCCGAAGGGGACGUGUUGAGUUUGUUGAAGAAGCGCGAGCAUUUGUUCGGGUUGUUGUUGAGUUUGUUGCCGGUUAUGUUGAGGUAUUCCUCGGGAGUGACUGUGUUGUUUACGUUUUUAGCGCCGUUUUUCGAUUCCGCUAAAACCGGUAUCUCCGGUGAUUUGGUAGCAAUCAUUAUAGCUAUAGCGAAAAUAUGUUUCUUCCUUUUAACAUCUUUAGUUGUAGAUAGAUUCGGAAGGAGAAAAAUGCUACUAGUUUCAUCUUGUAGUACAGCAGUACCUCUAUUUGCAUUGGGCAUCUACUUCUACUUGCACCACGUGCAAUCUCCUGUUGUAGAGUACCUCCAAUGGCUCCCUUUUACCGGUUUGUUAGCGACAGUUUGUUGCUUCGGAUUGGGUGUGGGGCCCAUUCCGACCUAUCUGAUGACGGAAUUCUUUCCUGCUAAUCUCAGGACUGUGUCAGGAUCGAUUGUAAACUCGUCGGGCAACGUCAUGUCGUUCGUUUUGACGUUUUUGUUUCCCAUCGUGAGCGAGGAAUUGGGCACCGAAUGGUGCGUUUGGUUCUUCAGCGCGAAUUGCUUGGUUGGGGCUGUUUUGAUUUAUUUAUUUUUGCCCGAAACGAAGGGGAAGAAUUACAGUGAUGUACAAAAGGUGCUUAAAAGAUGACGGUUUUUUGUAUUGCGAUAUUUAUUCUGUUAAUUUGUAUGGAACGAAAUGGAUUCGUAAAUGUUUGUUUAAAGUGAAUGGUAAAUAUAUGUCUGAUAAGAUUUUUUUGGUUCUGUUGGAAUUAUUUUAUUUAGUGUAGACUAGUCAGGUGUUAGUUUAGAUUAAUAGGCAAAUUAUAAUAGUUGUGUAAUUUAUGUAGUUAAAUAUUAUGUACAAUUGUUUUAUUAUUAAGAUAUUAUUGUUAUUUAAAAUAUGUAUUAUUACAAUGUUAUUAAGGUAAAAUCUUAUUAAGGUUUUAAGUGAUCAAUUUGCCGCUGAAAAAUUAAAUUUGUUUCGAAUUUUUGUAUUCUUCGUUUAGAAUUUAUUUAAAAUAUUUGUUU